AUGUUGACCAUUCGCUCCUCCAUCUUUCUUUUCUUUCUCGUCCUUCUCCUCGACGUGUUUGGCGUCGUCGAGGCGCUUCCUCAAAACCGAGGGAGGAAAGGAAAAGGCAAGAAUAAUGCAGCCGCACGAACGCCUCAGCAGCAGGCGGCCCGGAUCCCCCAGGGCGUGUCGCAAGCGACGGACGGGUCGACCAUCUUGGACAUGACCGCCCGAGUCAAUGGCGUCGACCUGAGGUUCAAGAUUAGCGGUCCGGCAGCCCAGUUCACUACCGACUCGGGCGUCACUGGUGCCACGCAGCAAGCCGGCGCCGCCGGCGCAAUGGGCCUGAACGUACUGCUUCACGGUGACGGAGGUCAAUCCUUCUUCGACUUUCCCAACCAGGCCGUACAAGGCAACCUGAUGGGUGUCGUGGUCCUCGCACCCUCAGAACAGCUGCUCUGGGGCCAGCGCACCGGCGGGCCCUCGGGCCUGACCCGCGACGACGGCGCCGCCGACGCCCAGGCCGUCAACGACCUCGUCCAGAAGGUCCUGCCGCAGGUCAUGGCCUUCAACGCCUCCAACGUCUUCUUCACGGGCGUCUCGGGCGGCUCCCUCAUGCUCUCGGGCUUCUUCGUGCCCGCCCACAUGGCCAACUUUGCCGGCACGGGCGUCAUGCUCAUGUGCGGCGCCCUGCCGCCGCAGGUCGACGCCGUCAACGCGGCGGCCUUUGCCGGCAACACAAAGAUCCACUUCCAGAGCACGCAGCAGGAGCUCGCGUCGCUGCAGCAGUCCAUCCCCGCCGCCAUCCAGGGCUACGAGCAGCUCGCCGCCGGGGCCGGGCUGGCGGCCGCCCAGAUCAACGCGCUGCAGACGGUGGACAACACGCCCAACGGCGGGCACUGCGCCUUUGACGAGCAAGGCUUUGUGAGCGGGAUCCAGCUCAUCUCGGACAACUUUGCCAAUAUCAUGCAGGGCGGCAACGGCGCGGUCCAGGGCGUCAAUGCGCAGACUGUUCUCACCGGUGUGGUUGGGAACGAGAACCUGCAGUUUGGUCGUGGUCAGUGA